AUGACAUCUCAAGGAGCAAGUGGUAAUGUUGACAAUGCUUCAGAAGAAGCUCCAUUAUGGAACUACGUAACUAAAUUAGAGAAAUCAGGAGCAAAAGGAGGCACUUGGAAAUUUAAGUGCAAUAUUUGCAACGAAGAUCGACAAGGCUCGUAUUCCAGAAUUAGAGUUCAUCUACUUGGAAUUAAAAACCAAGGUAUUGUUAUAUGUAAGAAAGCAACAAGGAGUCAAAAAGCUGACAUGCAGAAGUUGGAAGAUGAGUUUGAGAAGAAGAAAAACGAGAGUGGUUCUCGAGCACUUCCUUUGCCUUGUGAAAAAAAUGAAACGAAUCCUGCUUCAAAGAAAAGAAAGUCUGCUGAUUCUGCAAUUGCUAGAUCAUUUGGUAUUGAAGUCAGGGAUCAACUAGAUCAAGAAAUUGCAAGAAUGUUCUAUAGUGGAGGUGUGUCGUUUAACCUUGCAAGAAACCCACAUUAUCAUAGGUCUUACCAGUUUGCUGCUGAAAACAAGAUUGAUGGUUAUGUGCCUCCUAGUUACAAUAAGCUUAGAACUACGCUGCUUCAGAAAGAGAGAAACAAUGUUGAAAGAUUAUUGGUUCCAUUUAAGUCAACAUGGAAAGAAAGAGGGGUGGCGAUUGUUGGUCCUAUAUUCUCCAAGGCUGUGAACUGUUUUGGAAAAGUGAAAGAUAGAUUCUUCAUCUCUGGUCAGAUGAAAGAGGUUAUCAAUGAAGUGGGUCAUCAAAACGUUGUGCAAAUCAUCACUGAUUAUGCAGCAAAUUGUAAGGCUGCUGGAGAGAUUAUUGAGAUUGCUGAUACAUGUUUUGCCUUUGUGAUGCUUAAGAGAUUGAAGCUUGUCAAAAGAGGCCUUGAAGCUAUGGUCAUAAGUGAGGAGUGGUCUACUUAUAUAGAAGAUGAUGUGGGGAAAGCAACUUUUGUGAAGGGCAAGAUUCUUAGUGAUGAUUGGUGGGAGCAAGUGUCAUACAUUAUUGAUUACACAAGACCAAUAUAUGAGAUGCUAAGGUUUUGUGACACUGACAAACCAUGUCUUCAUUUAGUAUAUGAGAUGUGGGAUUCCAUGAUUGAGAAGGUGAAGUCUGAGAUCUAUAAGAAAGAGAAACGUCCAGUGAUUGAAGUUAGCCCUUUCUACACGGUUGUUCAUGAGAUUUUAGUAGAUCGUUGGGCAAAAAACAACACUACUCUGCAUUGUCUAGCUCACUCUUUAAAUCCAAGAGAUCUAGAAGUCUCAAGUGAGAGAAUGAAGUGUUUUAGAAGAUUGUUUCCGAGUAUUGAAGAUCAUCUUAAGGUUAUGGAUGAAUAUGCUUUAUUCUCCAUGAGAACUGGUCCUUUUGAGGAUUUAACAUGCAUUUCGAUGAUGUUUACUAUGGAACCCAAGAAAUGGUGGGCUAACUUUGGUGCUCAAACUCCUUUCCUACAGACUUUGGCUUUUAAGUUGCUUGGACAGCUUAGUUCAUCUUCAUGUUAUGAGCGUAACUGGAGUACUUACUCAUUCAUUCAUUCACUUAGACGGAAUAAGUUAAAUCCAAGUCGUGCUAAAGAUCUAGUUUUCAUCCACAACAAUUUACGUUUCUUAUCAAGGAACUCCAAGCAAUACGAAGAAGAAAAGACAAAGAUGUGGGAUGUUGGUGGAGAUGAUUUUGAUUCUAUGGAAGAUAUGAGAUAUUUGGAGUUUGCAAGUCUUUCACUAGAUGAACGAAAAUUGGAGAAUGGAUUGAUGGAUGAUUAG